GAUUUUUGUAUUUUCCCACCCACUCCAUUCCAGGCCAUCAUUUUUGUCAACUUGAAAACUCGCGCCUCCACUCGUCGAAGUCAGAAACUAAGAGUCUUCUGCAAGAAUGGCGACCAGCAGGGCAAUUCUUUCUGUGCGAGCCUUCAGCUCAUCAGCCGCCGCCAAGCAGCUGGUGAAGACUCCCAUCCAGGUCUUUGGUCUGGAGGGUCGCUAUGCCAGUGCCCUAUACUCCGCCGCCAGCAAGGAGAAAAAGCUGGAGGUUGUCGAGAAGGAGCUCGUUGGACUCAAGAAUCAAAUGAAGGCCGAUGCUAGGCUGCAGGAAUUCAUCAAAGAUCCAUCAAUGAAGCGACUAGUCAAGAAGGAUAUUCUGACUAAGAUCGCUGGAGUUCUGAAGCUAUCCAACCUGUCAACCAACCUUUUGACUUUGUUGGCAGAAAAUGGUCGCCUGAAAAAUCUUGACACUGUCAUUUCAACUUUCAAGAAUUUGAUGGCCGCUCACCGCGGUGAAGUUGUCUGUGAAGUCACAACAGCUAAGACUCUGGAUGAAGCCACCAAGAAAGAGCUGGAGAGUGCGCUGAAGGGCUUCCUCAAGAGCAACCAGACUCUCCUGUUGACCACAAAGGUGAAUCCAGAACUCCUCGGGGGCAUGAUUGUCAGCAUUGGAGAUAAAUAUGUAGAUAUGAGCAUUGCCAGCAAGGUGAAGAAGAUGACAGAAGUUAUUUCAGCUGCCGUUUAAAAAGAGUAUCGAGUUUGAAAGUGUCAUGUAAAAUGAAUAAACGCAUUAGUUGUUUAGCUGUUAAA